AUGGUCUUUUGUGAUGACGAAGACGAAAAUCUUGGUGGUUUCACUUACAGUCCCUUCCAAAUCUGGACUGAGAGUGAAGAUGAGGUGCAAGUCACGAAAGGGCAACUCCAAUCCCUCCAUGAAAAGAUUGAUCAACUGAUUCUCUCUAUCAAAGCUUCAUCCACUGAUGCAUACGCCAAAGCAGUUGUUGAGUCUCUCUUUGAGCAAAUCAUGAAGCAACACUCUGCUACUGUUACAUCAUCGAAUAAUGUUGUCGUCGAUUCUGUUGAGGUUUGCAAGUCUACGACCAAAAAAGUCUAUAAACUAAUUGGAGAUACUAAUCCUUUCAUGGAGAAAUUCCAAACCACUUUCAAUUCCAACACCACAUCAGCAAACGAAGCAUUGAAGAGUAGCGGUUCUCUCUUCAAGAUUGAGAAGACGAAACUCCAAGAGAUUCGUACUGGUCUUAAAACCGACCAUGAAUCCUUUCAAGCCACUAUCUCCUCUCAGCUUUAUCAGCUUAAAGACGAACUAGUGAAGGAGAGUACCCUGAAGAACUCUCUCGCUCUCAAGUCAGAAGAAGCCAAGGUGUUAAGUACCAAACAUGAAGCUUCGGAGAAGCAGGUCCAUGAUUUGUUAUCUGAGAGGGCAAUCAUGCGCAGCUGUAUAACUGAUAUUACUGGCAUGCUCUCGGAUAUCAUUGAGACUAGGGACUCCAUGAUCACCAAUACCAUGUCUAAGCAUCUGGCAGAAAAGUUAAAGCCAAUCUUCGCCAUGCUUCACCGCCUUGAAGGUGUUUCUGAUCAAUCCUUUCAUCCGAAACAAGGGGGAGAAAGUGCAGCUGGUGACGAAUCCAAAGGCAAGGAAAAGUUGUUCCGUGACGAAUCAAUUCUUGAUAAUGAAGACGAAGAAGAGGCUACUGAAGAAGAACUAAAAAGGCGAAAAGUUCGUGAGGCUGAACUGGAUGAGCACUAG